AUGAGCGUGCGUGACCAACGUCAUCGUUGUCUAAUCGCUCGCAACCACCACCAUUCCGCCAUGUUUGCUCUUACUCGCACCGCUACCCGUAUCCCGGCGCGUCGGGCAUUUGCUGCCUCUGCAACAGCUUCAAUCCAUUCUCUUCCUGACUUGCCGUAUCCCUACAAUGCACUCGAACCCCAUAUCUCCGAGGAGAUCAUGACCCUUCACCAUAAGAAGCACCACCAGACCUAUGUCAACGGACUGAACGCCGCCGAAGAAUCUCACGCUAAAGCACCAUCGGUCAAGGAGCGCAUUGCACUCCAGGCCGCUCUCAAGUUUAACGGCGGUGGGCACAUUAACCACUCACUAUUUUGGAAGAAUUUGGCGCCCAAUGGGAGCCCUGAGACUAAGCUGGAGGAUGGGGAAUUCAAGAAGGCGAUUGAGAAAGAUUUCGGUAGCGUAGAUGCGCUCAUUAAGAAGUUUAACGAGCAGACAGCCGCAAUCCAAGGAAGUGGGUGGGGAUGGCUGGGAUACAACAAAUUUACUAAGAAACUGGAAAUCGUAACCACUUCCAACCAGGAUCCGUUGCUCUCUCAUGUUCCGAUUAUUGGUGUCGACAUAUGGGAGCAUGCCUUUUACCUGCAGUACAAGAAUGUGAAACCUGACUACCUCAAGGCCAUCUGGAAUGUCAUCAACUUCAAGGAGGCCGCCAAAAGGUUCCAGGAGGCACGAACUUCCUAA